ACAACAGUCAGUAAAUGUCAAAUCUACAAUUCAAAUAGUUUAGUUCAUCGAUUUUAGUUGCAAUUUUUUGGAUUUCUUGUCUUGCAUUUAGUUAUUUUCUAUAAAUAAAGUAGAUACCUAGAUAAUUUCAAUUAAGAUUAAUGUGGAUUAACAUCGCGGUUCAUAGAAAGUAAAUAAGAAGUUUCUAUCCUUUGUUCAGUUCAAGGCGUUGUUCGCCGUCCCUCGAUAUUUAGAUUAAAAUUUAUCUCAACCGCUUUUAAAUCCAGGGCUUUUGAAACGUUGAUUAUUAGAGUGAUAAUAACAUAGUGUAUAUAAAAAUCAUCAAGUUAUGCUAGAAAUGUGUGAAUUUGAACGUUAUAUUGUGUCUGACGCAAUAGCAAUUUGGCAACAGCGCACGGAGUCGGACUGAAUUCAAAGUUACUGAUGUAUCAGUAAAAGAAAUCAAAUACCCUACAAUUUCGUCACAUUUUCCACAUCUUAUGAGGUACUAGGGCCUCCGCGCCCGGUCGCUCAAACCGUCGGGUCGACGAGCCGUAAGGGGAUCGGUGCGAGCAUACACAACGACAUAUAGCCGCUGCUUGCUCCUGCACACACGCUUAGGUGCCGAUUCACUCACCGCUCGCAUAGCCCGAUCAUGUUGAGAACGGGCGCGAGGCACCCGGAUGCUGACGACAUCGCGGCGGCGUCCACGUCGCGCGACGACGACGCGCAGCUCUACUCUACGCUCAAUGAGUACCUGCAGCUGGAGCAUAAGUUCCAGCCGAGACUUUGCCUGCCCGAGAGUCUUGAGAAUGGUGAAGUGACGACCCGUGCCCGCGACGGCGCCGCCCACGUGCUGCGCUGUCUCAAAGUGUGGUACGACCUGCCCUGCGACGUGCUCAUCAACGCCAUCAAUCUGUUUGACAGAUUUCUAACCAAAAUGAAGGUGCGGCCGUGUCACGUGCCCUGCAUCACGGUGUCGUGCAUGAACAUAGCCAUCGAACAACGCGCCGUGGACACGGGCACCGCGCGCAACGUGUCCGUGGAGGAGCUGGUGUCAAUCAGCCAAUCGGCAUGCACCGCCGGCGACGUCGUCCGUAUGUCUCGCGUUAUCUCCGACAAACUGUCGCUCGCCGCUAACAUGAGGGCGGUGACCGCUUUGCAUUGGCUCACGCUGUUCACCAAGAUCGUGAAUGUAGCCGCGAGACAGCUGGGGAUCACUCUGCAGGCACAGGAGAGCGAGCUGGCCAACCAGCUGGAGAUCUGCGCGUGCGCCGCCAGCUGCGCCAACGCGCGCGUCUGCGAGCUGGCGCUCGUCAUCCUGUGCCACAGGCUGGACCAGCAAAUCCAGGAGUGGUCCCGAGCUAUAACAUCGGAGGGCGGGGAUCCCGAGCGAGUGUACUACCUCUACGAUUUCGUGGCUCAGUUACAGGCGCAUUGCAAUAUGUCCGAGUCAUCGCUGGUGUCCACCCGCGCCACAGUGCUGUCAGUGUGGGAAAGUUACGAGCGUAGAAGCGCGGCGCCGCAACGCCAGAGACUCGUGUGGAGGCUGUCCGAGAGGACUCUCAAGGUGCUGCGCCCCACCGACCGGCUGACGUCGCUGCUGCCCACCAUCGAGGAGCAGCAGCACCUCGCCCACGACCAGACCCCGCCACGGAACAGAUCAGGCAGCGAAUGCCGUGAAAGCGAAGAGACAUCCGAUUGGCCGCGCAGUCCCGUGUUGCCAGUCUACUGCGACAACUAAAGCUGAACCUAAAGUCAUCCUACGGUUAUGGCUGUACGACGAAACUUCUCUUGCCUGCACAUCUUGGCGGUAUAAUGAAUUUACCAUACCCAGUAGGAUAACAAAAAAAAAACAAAAAAAAAAAAUAUUUAAUCUGUACGAAUUCGAACUUGUGUUCUUUUUUUUUUAUCAACUUCAAAU